AGUCAGUUCCAUGCCCAGCCUCCGUCGUGCUUUCGCGGUGGCUGCUGUGCUCUUUGCAGCUAAGACGCCCAUGCCACGAAGUUAUGCUCAGAAGAUGCCUAAGGCUUCACAUGCCUUCACUGCCAAGAUGUGUGCAGGUAGCCGUUUUCUGGAAAGUCAACGACGAGACGCUUUGUUUGUGGAUCCGUUAGCUUCGAAAUUGGCGGGCCCUGAAGGCUUACAGCAACCCAUGGGAGAUUGGAUCAUGGUGCCCCGCACGAGGUUUGGUGACGAUUUCAUCAUCGAACACUACACGCAACGUGGAGUUCGACAGCUCGUUUUGCUGGGUGCUGGUAUGGAUGCACGGGCAUAUCGCUUGAGGUUGCCGGAACUGAAAGUCUUUGAGGUGGACCUUCCCAUCCUCUUCCAGGACAAAGAACCUCUCCUGGAGGGUGAGACCCUAAGGGUCCAGAGCCGCACUGCGGUGCCCACGGAUUUCUCCUCCGGAGAGGACUGGAGCUGGCGACUGCGGCAAUGUCCCGACUUUGAUCCAAGGCAGCCCACGGUCUGGCUACUGGAAGGACUCAUGAUGCGACCUGGCGGUCAAAAUCUGGGGAAAUGGGAGGUGUAA